UUGAGACAUAACAAUGGGUGCUUCCGUGCCGCUUUGACAUGCUGUAUAGUAGGGAACUGUACAUUGAUUUGACUUUAUUCAGUCUGUAAAAGACACUGUAUUAAUUACGAUAACUUCAGUCCCUUCGCAACGGCAGAGAAAAUCAGUGUGCUUGUAUGUACUGGGGAAAUUUGCAGCUAUACAAAACAAUUCUAUUAUUUGGUUAGUUGCUGAGAAAAACAAUGAAACUGAAAGAACUAGAAUCUUGCCUUCAGCAAGUGGAUGUCUUUGAGGAUCCAAAGAUACUUCUUGAACAGUACCCUACGAGUCCCCACAUUGCAGCCCAUAUGCUGUACACUAUACACAACACGUUCGAUGACAUUGAGAACAAACUGGUAGCGGACCUGGGUUGCGGAUGUGGUGUCCUGAGCAUAGGAUCUGCUGUGCUCAAUGCCGGAUUAUGUGUUGGAUUUGAUAUUGACCAAGAUGCAUUGGAAGUAUUUAAAAAGAACAAGGAGGAAUUCGAACUUACAAAUAUUGACAUGGUUCAGUCUGACGUCUGCUCCUUAGAACUGGCUUCUAACACCAAGAGAUAUGACACUGUUAUCAUGAACCCUCCUUUUGGUACUAAACACAACAAAGGUAUGGACAUGCAGUUCCUGAAAACAGCACUAAAUAUGGCACAAUCAUCAGUGUACUCUCUUCACAAAACUUCAACACGAGAGCAUGUUCAGAAGAAAGCAAAUGACUGGAAAGUAAAGAUGGAAGUAAUCGCAGGUAUGCAACGAUGCUUUACCAACAUUUCACAAGGUUCGUCUCGUCUUUUUAAAAGUCUCAAUUUUUGCCCCCUCUUUACAGAACUAAGAUACGACUUGCCAGCAUCGUACAAGUUCCACAAAAAGAAAUCGGUUGACAUUGAAGUCGACUUCAUACGAUUCUGCGUAACGUAAAGCCAACACAGGAAUGGACUCAAGACGCACUCCUUUCAUCGGCAUUUUGAAUAAAGGCUGAGAGCGAGUC